AGGAGUAAAAACCAGAAAUUCGAAUUUUGGUCGUUUUCAAAUACGACCGUUAAUCACCAAAAUUCUCGGAGCUUCGUCUUCCAAUUACGUGUACGGCACGAUAAGACUCCAGAAGAUCAGUUCUUAACCACCAAAUCGUAUCUCUAAAUUCUCUCUCUCUCUCUCUCUUCCAUAUCCCACAAAAAUUACACAACUGCCACUCCCCAGUGUCCACUCUCUACUCUCUCUCUCAUCCAUGGCCGCUCUGCAAACCCACCAAAAUUACACACAAUUCUGCAACUAUUGUAGCCCCACUCCCAAACUCCCCUGCCGUCAAAACCCUAGCUCGGUCCCCUAUCCAAGGAAUUCGUCAUUUACCGAGAAAGUCAGGGUUUGGAGUUCAAGAACAAGGAUAGGCAGGGAUGGAUUGUGCCCUAUCUGCUGCCGAAGCAAGACGAAUGCCGAGGCGGAGAACGUUUCGCUCCAGAUUCAGGAGGAGAAGAGCGAGACCGAACGUCCUCCUUUCGACAUCAAUCUGGCCGUUAUUCUUGCCGGGUUUGCUUUUGAAGCCUAUGCAACACCACCGGAAAACAUAGGAAGGUGUGAGGUGGAUGCAGCGAAUUGCAAGACAGUGUUCCUUUCAGAGUCAUUUCUGCGUGAGAUCUAUGAUGGUCAGUUGUUCAUAAGCCUAAAGAAAGGACUUAAUUUACCUGCCAUGGAUCCAUGGGGAACAAGUGAUCCAUAUGUGGUCUUGCAACUGGAUAGUCAGGUUGUCAAAAGCAAGGUUAAAUGGGCGACAAAGGAACCGACAUGGAAUGAGGAGUUCACGUUGAAUAUCAAGCUGCUGCCGACAAAGAAUCUUCAGGUUGCUGCUUGGGAUGCAAAUCUUGUUACUCCACAUAAGCGCAUGGGGAAUGGUAGCAUUAAUUUGGAAUGCCUCUGUGAUGGGACUUUACACGAAGUGCUGGUUGAAUUGGAAGGAAUGGGAGGUGGUGGAAAGAUACAGCUAGAGGUUAGGUAUAAAAGUUUCGACCAAAUUGAUGAAGAGAAGAAGUGGUGGAGGAUCCCCAUUAUUACAGAAUUUCUUCGUAGAAAUGGUUUUGAGUCUGCUUUGAAAAUGGUUGUUGGCUCAGAGACAGUACAAGCACGCCAGUUUGUGCAGUUUGCCUUUGGGAAAGUAAAAUCACUAAAUAAUGCUUACUUCCAGAAGGAUAGUCAAACGGAAGUUGUUUUUUCUGACACUGAAGACAAUGAGAAACUUAGCAAUCCGGUUAUUGAGUUAGAUAUGCCACGACAGGAGGAGGAUAAACCAGAGUGCUCUAUAAUUGAAGGAAGCCGCGAUGAAGACAGCAAUCCACUGGAGUGUAACACCUACAAUGGUGAUUCAUCACAGUCCGAUAAGCAAUUUUGGAAGAAUUUUUCUGAUCUAAUUAGUCAAAAUGUUGUUCAGAAACUCGGUCUCCCUCUCCCUGAUAAAUUAAAGUGGGAUGGUUUGGACUUGUUAAACGGAAUUGGUUUACAAGCAAGGAAGAUUGCAGAAGCAGGUUAUGUUGAAUCUGGGCUUGCAACUUCUGAAGGCCAUGAUGUUGUUAAUAAUGAUGAAACUACUGGAACAUCAACUGUUAGCAAUAUUCAGUCUUCAUUGCCAGAUAUUAAGAAGGUCACCGAAGAUCUAUUACGGCAAACCGAUUCUAUUCUGGGAGCACUAAUGGUUGUAAAUGCCGCGGUUUCACAACUAAACAAAGAAGGACUUUUCUUUGGAAAGAGUGAAACAAAAGAAGAUGCCUCAACUGAUAUGGACAGUGAAAAGUUUGAAAGCCUUCCGGAUGGAUUAGAAUUGGAUGAGAGGAAAGCUGAGGAGAUGAGAGAACUUUUUUCAACUGCAGAGAGUGCUAUGGAGGCUUGGGCGAUGCUUGCUAGUUCUUUGGGCCAUCCAAGUUUUAUUAAAUCUGAGUUUGAGAAGAUAUGUUUCUUAGAUAACCCAUCCACUGAUACGCAGGUGGCAAUUUGGCGUGAUUCAGAGAGGAAAAGAUUAGUUGUUGCUUUCAGAGGAACAGAACAAGUUAGGUGGAAGGAUUUGCGAACUGAUUUAAUGCUAGUUCCUGCAGGGCUGAAUCCUGAGAGGAUAGGUGGGGAUUUCAAGCAAGAAGUUCAGGUUCAUAGUGGUUUUUUAAGUGCAUAUGAUUCAGUCAGGACAAGGAUCCUCUUUCUCAUUAAACAGGCAGUGGCAUACAUAGAUGAUGGUGUUAAGCCACUAAACAAAUGGCAUAUUUACGUGACUGGCCAUAGCUUAGGGGGUGCAUUAGCUACGCUCCUUGCUCUUGAACUUUCAUCAAGCCAAUUAGCCAAGGAAGGGGCAGUUUCUGUGAGCAUGUAUAACUUUGGAUCUCCCAGAGUUGGAAACAAUAAAUUUGCAGAAGUAUACAACGAGAAAGUGAAAGAUAGCUGGAGAGUUGUCAACCACAGAGACAUCAUACCUACAAUCCCCCGCUUGAUGGGUUAUUGCCAUGUAGCUCAACCUGUUUAUCUAGCACCUGGAGAUCUAAAAAUUGCUAUGUGGGCUGAACUGGAACAGACAUGGGGCCUACCGAACGAGCAGCCUAAAGCCUAGAGCGAUUGGGCCGAGCAAGUCACGCUUGGGCAGACAUGCUGGUAUGGGUGUGUGGCGCGUAAGCCCAAGCCAGUAGCAUGGUGGAAGCUAGGCCUUGGCCGGACCGAGUUGGAGUAGGUCUGACUUGGACAAAGAUACAAUGGAUCCGCGUGGAUGCCAGGUGGAGUAGUUCGGUCACGUGAAGUCUGUCCAUGUGGCACUCGGUGCAUCAUGCAUUACGUCAAUCCUAAAGGCGGUUAGGGCCUGAUGUCUCAAGGCAUGUGCCUAGCACACAAUUACUUUGAGCCUCAGUCUAGACUCACUAUACGAAGUACAGAACAAAAUUCUAGAGAGGUACGCCAUUACUAUUGACAAGAGAGUUUUGUACUUCUCUUGAGUUGAGACUUACAUAGGCAUCAGAGUGCCUUCCGGCUACUUACAACCAGCUAGGCACUAACUUAUGGUUAACCUUGCAGGCUUAUGAACAAGGUCUCAAGGAGGAAGGUCCAAAUCUAGUCAGUACUAGAGAUCCAAGAGCAAAACCAGAUUGCUCACCCACACUUGGCACUAGAACGAUUUUCCUUCAAAAUACUAUGGGCUUAUUUCAGUAGUAAUUGUUGACUUAACUCCAAUGGAAGUUAAGUUCCUAUUUAGCUAUGUUAGAAUAGAGUUUAGACUAAGUCCC